AAUAAAAUCGCUUUAUAAUUUUACUAUUGCUGUCAUCUGCAUAGAUUAUUAAUUUCUAAAGAAAAUAAUGAAAAAGAGGGAAGGCAAAGCUUCGUGAAAACGGUACACAAUUUAUAAUUAUAAUACUAAUUAAAAUUUUACUAAUAUUAUAAUGGGAUAAUAAUGUUAUUUGUUGAUGGCACAUGAUAAUGAUGAUGAUGACCAUUAUUCCAUUGUAAUGCUGAAUAUGUUAUCUUGAUUGUAUCGAUGGAAAAAUAAAUCUAGUUCUCAGAUCAAUCAAGGCGUAAUUUUUAUAUAGACGACCGAUAAGUUAUUCCAAUAAUUAGGUUGCUCAUGUAGUUUCUUAAGAAGCAUGAAUCGAUUUCUGGUACGGCACUUUUUGACAUCGCUGCCCCUAUAUACUCUAUAGGCUAGUAUACAUGUGCCUAGUUGACUCAGAAACGCGGUGAACAGAGAUGCAGAUUCGUUCUAUGUCUUGUACGAGCGUGAAGUUCCCAAACAGAGCUUACCGCAAAUACCCAUUGGCAGCAUUAAUUAUUGUGGACGUUUUACCCUUCUUGCGUUUGGAGCAAUAGGAGCUACUGCAUUGUCUUCUACAUCUCCUACGGAACCGGUGAUCCCUGUUGCCGUGAAUGCUUGGCGGGCGUUGAACUGUAUUGACAUCCUGGCUUCAGUUCCUGGCGCCAAUCGGAAGAAGUGCGAGGAGCUAGCGGGGUCAAUGAGGCGUAGGCUUACCCAAGCAAUUCUACAGCCGUCACUGCACGCUAUUAUACAAACCUGUUUCAAUAUAAAACCGCUUAGCACAAUUUCGCUAAACAAUUCUCGUAUCGGCAUUUUUGUGAGUGAUGACUUUACUAGUGGUGGAGCAACGUCAAGAGCUUAUAUGUUACGAGAACACAAUUAAGCGGCCUCAAUGUUCAGCAACGUAUUUUAGUAAAUAUGGAUUCUGUGGUUUCCCUAGGUCUUGCACUCACCUUUUGCACAUUUUUUUUUGCAGUGACAGUGCUGUAACAGCUACUGUUAAUUAGAAAUGCCCUUUUAGCGUUAUUGGUUAGGCCAUUUUUAUUUGGAUAUGGCCUUUUAGAUUGCUUUGUGUAUGGCUAUAAUCUUGUAACUUCGGCAUACAAAGAAGAAACCGACUUUUUAAGUGGAGUAUGCCGAGCUUACGUAGAAAAGACUGUGAGGAAGGUAGUAGACGUAACUUUUAGCUUGGUCUGUUGUAGUGCUAAUCUUUCCUUGUAUCAGGUACUACGGGCACAUAAAGUAGAGAUGUUCAGUUUUUGAGCUGCUUUUACUGAUAUGUUCAGAUUAAACUUUAACAGAGGCACUAGCCCAAGGUAUAAUAAUGAGAAAACAACAAUAUUUGUAAAGAUUAAACAGUAAUAGGCAGAAUAGACUGCAAGAAAUAUUGAUGUUUUUAAAACUGUCAAUAUAGUCCAACGUAUUAUUAAAUGCCAAUAGCAUUCAGUGAGGAGCCAGUUACAGUUUACUGCCGUCAAGUGAUGGUUGUCAACAUCUACAAUAUGAUUUUCUACAGUUUUCGGAACCGAUAAUAUUAUUAAAGUUCUCCUUUUAAAAGAUCCCUGCUUGGUUUUAAUGAUAUAGGAAAUGAUGUUACUCACUUACAGACUGACAAAGUGGCACAAGCUAAAACAAUAAUUUGUCUAUUUCGGAUAACCUUACACAACGUUUAUACUGUGCCGGGUUUUAUUGUAUUUAUCAACGUUGUCGACUGUCUGUUGACCCGGAAAAUCAUCGGGGGUACACUCUUCUCUCAAUGCGAAAGCAUCGUAUGGUUGAAAAAUUCCUUCAAAACCAAGACAUAAAGGCUCUUAGUAAUUGAACCACGGACGCUUUGUCAAGCCCUCGUUUCGAAAUAAGGGCGUACCCGCCAACCCGAUGUGUUAAUGGCCUGAUGAGCAGAGGAUACGAUGCGCACUGUGAUAGGUAGUACAAUUGAUUCUGGCCAAAGUAACGAUAAGGAUAAUGGGAGAUUUAAGCAAAAUAAAUAUUGGGAAAACAGAGCAGAUUCACUGGGCAGCGGCUACACAAAUUGUCGGCAUGAUAAUUAUGUACUCGAGAAUUACCUUACCAUUAUAUUUCCACCAUUACAUCACAUACCAGGAAUAAACUCUAAUAAGCUAAAUCAUUGGAAUUCGUAUCGGUCGAUAAACGGUAACCGAUAUUGGCAAGACAGUCCCGCAAUCUAUCCCGAAGUCUUUCGACACUAUCGAAAUAUGUAGACGUCAGCAGGUCUGCAACCAGCCGGCAGACUUAUGGAAAAGACACCGUAUCCGCGAUACCAUUAUCGGCCUGGUGACAAAAAAACAGAUAUGAGUUUUGAAGAAUAUGGUUAACAAACGAUGAUACCAGUAUGACGCCUUUAGUUUGCUUGAUGAUUUUUAAUUUUGUAUUUCAAUCAUACCAAUUUUUUUGCAUAUUGGUAACGGCAUUUUGUACGGAUAGCUGCUUUUGACUACGUUCACUUCAUAGAAAAAUGAUGAUAAGAAGGUUUCUCUGAAUUCUUCUAAACCGGAUUUUUUUAAAAUCAUAAAUUUCUCGCUGAAGUCUGCACUGCUAAAAAUGCUUGGUGGUGUUUACAGUAGCGGCUAGAUAGCGAUAGCAAAAAGCUGAGUGGUAGAAAAAGGAUGAGUAACCACAAUUACUCAAAAUAGGUACAUCUCUCCGUUUUGCUUUCUGGGUUCUCACUGUGACACAUAUAGCCUGUAGUGAAUCAGCUAUCCUCUUUGGUAGGAAAAAAGGGUACUGGCAAAAAGUAUUAAAAUCGAAUGCUCUAUUGUUCAUGCAAAUUACGCUUUGUGCAUUGACUGAAUAACAAUGAGGUAAACGUUCAAGCUUCAAAGUACCUAAUUAUGAAUAAGUGCAAAAAAGGUUCCGCCGCUAUAGGCGACCUAUAAUUUCGUCACAUAUCAAAGGAUUCGCAAAUGAAGCCUUUUAGAAAAAGUAGGCCUUGAUAGUUAUAUGGCAGCUUCCUGAAUAUACUAAAGUAAUUUUAAAAUUCUUGAAAGAUGGAAUCAUUUGAAGGGAAUACCACAAGUAUUUGAUUAAUAGAUUUAAAAACAAAGAAGUGCUUUAUCGAAACCUCAUAGAGAAUUAUGUUAGCCUAGAACAAAAUUGUAGUGCGAUACGUUCUUAAGUAAAAUAUUGAAAGUAUUAAUUUACGUGUGGAUACAGGAAAACACGUUCACAAUGGCCCAGAUUAGCCUUUACCAUACUUUUACCUCCAGUUGUUUUGUUACUGUUUGUUAACGUUGCCCAGGGGGUCAUUCCAAUGAUGUAUUUUUAGCAGAUACGGACUUUUCACUUGCCCAUAUAAUACUAAUGUUCACCUCCUCAUUCGUUCUCCGCGAAAAGCGCAAAUUCUUGUGCCAAGCUCAUCUUAUAUUAUCUUAAACAAAAAGAUACUAAAACUUACAAAAUGCUUUCCUACAUCUACGUUUUUUCUUCAGCACGGAAGAGCAAACUGGUCGAAGCAGUUGAAGUAGAUUUAAACAACAGUACAUUGGAAAGAUUAUUUGUGUCCAUAGCGGAAAUUUGCCGUUAUGUACGUAUAUAUCAUUAAAGUUCUGUUACUUUAAUUUCAGAAGUUCAUAGAAGACAAGUUAUAUAUUCAUAGCAAUACUUCAGUAAUUGCUUGCAAUGUGGAAUCUGAAGAGAAGAAGUAACAGAAAAAACGGCACGGACGGUCAGACCCACAAACAUAUUUCGUGUUUCACAAAUGCACACACACCUUUGGUAUCUGGUACUUUUCACACUGUUAACUGUGGUAACUUCAAAUUUACUUCCAUAAUUACCGUGAAGUUGAAUGUGAACAGCGAACUUCGUAGCUUCCAGUAAACUUAAUGGAAGAGCAUAAUCAAGAAUUCUUUAUAGUUGACCUGUUAACAUACAUCUGCUGCUAAAACAUUUUUUUAUCCGUCACAAUGAAAUUUUUUUUUAAAAAACUACAUUGUGGAAGGGGUGUUAGAUGUGGCGAGGUCUCUGGAUAGCUCGUUGGACUUGGGCGGCAGGAAAAGCCCGUAAGAUAUUUGUCCGUCCACCUCAUUUUGAGAAACUUCCACUGAGUGUGUCAAGCAUUGAAUGGUGAAAUGUUGAAAGUCGCGGAGGGCAAAAGGUGUUGUUCACUGUAAUACAGAUAUAUUGGCGUGUUCUACAUUCUGGAGGUGUUCUAGGAGUGCGACAGAGAGUCUUAAUUCUCUUUUUUACGAUGUAUGCACACAAAAGCUCUUAUUAUGAAUCGCCACACUACGAAGACAACUACGACCGUUACUACAGUUGUUUACGAAAAGCUGUAACUGUGGCCACGGCUACUAUCGGAAACAAUCGACAAUUUAACGGAUGCUGUAAAGCGGCAUGGGUCGAGUUUGCGACUAAUGCGGAUUCGAGGUCUACAGAUCCCUUUAUUUUGUGCUUGUACCACGGUUCUCUAAACAUGUACUAGAUUUUACCGAUCUGUGAAGUGGAGCUGGUAAUGACACUGUGCUUGCCAUUGUAGGGUGUAUACUCCAGCCAAGACUAUAGUAGGACUUGCUGAAAGCAUAACUUCGUUCCCGUUUUUCGAAAUAAGGAAAAGAAGCAUGACGCGAACGCAAAUGAAAAAAAUAUUCGUUUCGUGUCUCUCAGCGCUUACGACCAUCUGUGACGCAGUCAACAGGCCUUCGUGGGCUAUCAGUUCCCACCAGCUGUCUACAUGCUAUGAUUUUAUAAUCGUCGGCGCAGGCUCUGCAGGAUGCCGUCUGGCAGAAAAACUUUCGGCCAUUCAAGAUGUGAAGGUGCUCCUCUUGGAAGCAGGCGGUGCUCCCCCGGACUUCACUGCAAUCCCUCUCCUCACAAGGCUUUCGUUCGAGGGCGAUUGGGUCCAAAGAUACCGAGUCGAGCCUAUGAAAAAUGCAUUCAUUACAAAACCUAAUCAGCCGCAGAGCAUAGUAACAGGGCGGGUGCUUGGAGGCGGCAGCAGUAUCAACCUAAUGAACUAUGAGCGAGGCUCGCUGCGCGAUUAUGAUACCUGGGAUAAAGAUUAUGGAGCCCGUGGGUGGAAUGGCGAGGAGAUGUUUAAAUACUUCCGGUUCGAUGAGAACAACCAUGACUAUGAACUUUCAGACGAAACACACGGACGCAAAGGAAAUCUUCAAGUGACCUCUUCGUAUGAUACUAACAUUCUUCGAGGAUUCUUUGGAGCCUCAAGUCAAAUGGGUUACUCAGUACGUGACAUAAAUGACGGCAACGUCGAAGGCGUUUAUCGGAUGCAAGCGACAAUCGGACCAGACGGACAUCGUUCUUCAGCAUUCACGGCCUUCAUUCAACCGCAUCUCGGAAGUCGAAAAAAUCUUCACGUGGCGAUUGGCGCUUUUGUCACUAAAAUUAUCUUUCAAAAGACCUCCGAUCCAAACGUGACUACAGCCCACGGUGUGGAGUUCGUCAUGGACGGUAAACACCACAAAAUCUGCACCCUUAAGGAAAUCGUUCUUUCAGCAGGAGCUAUUGAAUCGCCUCGGCUUCUAAUGCUUAGCGGCGUUGGCCCUAAGCAACAUCUCGAAGACAUGCAGAUCGAUGUCGUUUCAGAUUUGCCUGUGGGGCAAAACCUUCAAAAUCAUGUAGCUGUUAGGGGCAUUGAUGGCGCGAUAAAUGCGACGACAUUCCUCGAGAUUCCGAGCGUCAACGAUAUUAAAGCUUUGAUGGACUGGUACAAAUUCGGCAAAGGCCCCUUUACCUCGCCUUAUGGAACACACUUAGGGGUAGGUUUUUACAAAAUGAAUGAAAGCGAUUCAACCCCAGAUAUCGAGAUCAUGCUUCAGGGAUUGCGUGACGACGCUCCACCAUGCACUUUCCAGGACAACAAAGGAGGUCCGGCAAACUUCAACUUACUCACAAUUUUGAUGCGGCCUAAGUCUCGUGGAACAGUUCGUCUUAGGAACAAGGAUGCCCGAGUGCCUCCAAUUAUCGACUUAAACUACUUCGACAACGCUGACGAUAUUGAAAUCCUCGCGAGAGGCGCCAAAUUUUCGGCUGAUCUCCUCAAUACAGAGGCGUUCGCUCGCGUUGGAGUUUCUUACGCAGCUACUCCAAUUGACGCCUGCAAAGACAAAGACGCGAGUUCACUCAACUAUUGGAGAUGCGUAGUUACCGUCAACACGGCUUCAAUGGGACAUCCAGUGGGUACCUGCAGAAUGGGAGCUAAAAAUCGCAGUGACACCGUGGUAGAUCACAAACUCAGGGUGAAGGGCGUUAAGGGUCUGCGGGUCGCUGACGCCUCAGUAAUGCCAGAACUAAAUACGGGACAUACAAAUGCACCAGCUAUUGCCAUAGGAGCUAAAGCUGGAGAUCUUAUCUUGAAACAGCACGGACUGGUCUCCUAGACUCGAUUGGUAAUAAAAGAAUGUGUACUAUAUGGGAGAUAAUACAAUCUAUUCUUCCAUUUACAGGACAAAUGAUCAGAUGUAUGAUAGGUGGUUUAAGAUUUGAUAAGAUAUUACUGUAAAAUAAAUUAGUAA